GACGGAGCGUCACUCACCGCUCGUGCCACCUCCGCAUCUCAUUUAUCAGUUCGAUCCUUUUCUCCACUUAGAAAAAAAUUUAAAAAAAAAAAAUAAUAAUAAUAAUAAUUCAGCAGGUUGUCUCUGUUCUAGGGUUUUUGAGUCCUAACAAAUCUGUGUAAUUCAAUCCCAGAGCCAUUCUUAAGUUCUGUAACUUGAGUGGGACUUUCUUCAGCUCUCUCGCUUUUUUGCUGAGAUAUAGGACAUCCUUCACGGAAUGUAAAAACUUGGUAAACACCAGGAUGAGCAACAGCGAAUUUGACGGACAGAUUUUGGUUGAGAAAUUAUCGAAACUCAACAAUUCGCAACAAAGCAUUGAAUCUUUGUCCCAUUGGUGUAUCUCUCACCGGAAAAAGGCAAAACAGAUUGUUGAAACAUGGGAUAAAUUGUUCAACUCUUCUCAGAGAGAGCAGCGUGUUUCUUUUCUGUAUUUGGCUAAUGAUAUUUUGCAAAAUAGUAGGCGAAAGGGCAGUGAGUUUGUGAGUGAAUUCUGGAAAGUUCUUCCUGUGGCCCUUAGUCAUGUUUACAAAAAUGGCGACGAACAUGGAAAGAAGGCGGUAACCAGACUGGUGGGGUCAUGUAUCCAGGUUUACUUCCCAAGGGUGGAUUUGAAGGGCCCUACCUUGGUUGACAUAUGGGAAGAAAGGAAGGUUUUUGGUUCUCGAGGGCGGAGUCUUAAAGAUGAAAUGCUGGGUAAGAAUCCUCCUCCUCUCGUGAACAGUGGAAAGAGUUCAAAUCCAAUCAAGAUAGUGAAGAGGGAUGCAAGCUCAGUUAGAAUUAAAUUGGCUGUUGGGGGUCUUCUAGAGAAAAUAUUUACUGCAUUUCAAUCUGUACUUGAUGAAUAUCCUGCUGAAGAAGUCGCCUUAAGUAACUGUAAUGCUACUGUACAUAAUGUGGGUAUAAUUGGGCAAGAUGUUGAAAGUGCCUUAACACAAGGAAAUCAGCAAGGAUCUGCUGUGGUAGAUGAGCUGCAAGAACAAGAAGUGAUACUUAAGCAAUGUGUUGGGCAACUUGAGAGUGCAGAGGCAACUAGGGCUUCCCUGAUUUCCCAGCUUAAAGAAGCACUUCAGGACCAAGUAUGGGAAUCAAAGCUGGAAUUUAUUCGCACUCAGUUGCAAGUUGCUCGGGAUCAGAUUGAACAAGCAAGCAAGAUUAGGAAGAGGCUAACAUCACCCACUGUUCCUUGUCCCCCGGCCACUAACAUGAACCCAACAACAGAAGCAACGACGAGGGUUGUAGAACAGAAUCGGCUUUCAGUUCAAUCAACCAGUACCCUACCUCAGACUGCCCUUAUGCAACCUGUGGUUUCUUUUGCACCCACCAGAACUACUGAAGAAGAGAACAAAAAAUCAGCAGCAGCUGCAGUUGCUGCUAAGCUUGCUGCCUCCGCAUCCUCUGCACAAAUGCUUACCUCUGUUCUUUCAUCCCUUGUUGCAGAAGAAGUUGCCUCCAUGAAUGGUGGCAUAAAUUCAACUGGAUUUAGUUCGGCACUAUCCAUGUUCCCUCCAGAAAAACGGCCCAAACUUGAGAAACCAAUGCCUGUUUCUGAUGAAAGCAGUUCUGAUGUCAGCAGCACAACCUAUUUUACCCCUCUGCAACAGCAACCAAUGACCAAUGUGCCACCUGCACCAUCUACUAGCUCUUCACAAGCCAGCCAGAUGCAAGGUCCCUUUGCUGCCCUACCACCACCACCUCCACCACCACCUUUAUCCCCUGCAAAUCCACCAGUGAGUCAAUAUGUCCAAUCUGCUGGACUGGUUGUAAUGCCUUAUGGGUAUGGAGCAAAUACUCUACCCCCUCCACCUCCUCUUCCUCCACAUGUUACAAUGAGUUUAGCGAGGACUGCCCCCCAGCCACCUGGACAGCCACAGCCUCAGCCUCAGCAAUCACAACAACAGCAACAGCCAGCCACUGGAGGAUUUUACCGGCCACCGGGUGUUGGAUUCUAUGGGCAAAGCCAUCAGCCAACAACGCCGCCAGUACCUCGGCAGUGAGUUCCCACUGAAAUCACUGGGCCACAUAUUUUGUGGGGCCUUGAGUACCUGAAUUAUGGGCAAAUGCAUCAAUGCCAAAACCUCAGUUAAGUUCCUCUUGAAAUCAUGGAGGUUGGAUUGUCAUCGAAGAGGUGUUGUGUUGUUAUGUAGAUUAUUAGAGAGUUAGUGAUGUCUUCUUGACUUUAGCUGAAGUCCUGCAUGCACCUUUCCUUAAAAAUUUCACACCUUCCCAACCCAAUAAGUGCAAAGGAUCCUUUUGAUGCCUUGGCACUGGCAAAGGAGUUACUUGAUACCGAUGCUUCAAUAAUAGAAGUUCUCAAUGUACCUUUACUGACUGCAUUAGCAUCGAGGCUGUGAUCAUCAAAGAACCUGACUGGAGUCUCACUAAUGUGGGUAAUGAAUCCCACAAUUGCAUGUGCUUUGUACUUUUUUUUUUUUGUUUUGGGGGGGGGGGGGUGUUGCCCAGCCGCCUCCUCCCUCGUAGCUGCUACCAAACUGAGUAAACAAUCCCCAGCAACCAUUUUAGUCGUAAGCUUUCUUUGGAUCUAGCACCUGGGAAAUGAUUGCACCACCGUGAUUAAAUGGUAUCUAUUGUAAUUAUAAUGCUACAAUAUGUAUUAAGAAAAGACCAAUUUGUAGUACAAUUAUUCUCAACUGAGGUCUUCUAGUAGAGAGCCAUGAGGUAGGUUUCUGUUGAA